AUGGGUGGAGAAGGUAGUGAGACCAUAGCUCUCAUGUUAAACAAGUCACAAAAUCAGGGUCAUUUAGGUGUAUCUAGCACUCAAGGAGGUGGUUAUGGUUAUGGGUUUAAUGGAUCCACUAGUGGUGGUGGUGGAUUUAACAAUCACAAUCACAAUAAUAGAGGUUUCAAGUCUAGAAACAAUUUAGACAGAUCUAACUUGUUUUGUGACUAUUGUAAGUUCACAGGUCACACUAAAGAAAUGUGUUACAAAUUGCAUGGUUAUCCUGCUAACUACAAAUUCAAGAAGAAGGGAGGUGGUAUGUCUACUCAUGCUAACAGUGUGUAUGCUAAUAAUGCCAUAAAUUCUGGUUGUGAAGCUCCAGAUGAGGCAGGACACUCAUCACAGACUAGUGCUCAGCCUAACACUCUUGUCUCACUCAAUGUGACCGCAAGCUGUAAUAGUGUUGUACCAUAUUUCACACCUGAGCAACACUCUCAGCUUCUUCACAUACUCAAUAAAGGUAAAUGGAAGGACACUGAUGCAAUGGUAAAUUUUGCCAAAGCAGGCUCUACAGGAUAUCAGGUGGAGAUUACUCAUAAGGGAGAAGCUCUUAUCCUUCAAAAUAGAGUUAUUCAGAAUGUGGAAAUCUCAAGUGGGAAGGUGAUAGGGAUUGGUAGAGAAGAAAGAGGUGUCUACAUUUUGAAAGCUAACAACUUGAGUGAUGAAUAUAUCAGAUCAACUCUGUUCAGAAAUAAAGCUGAUAUUAUAAGACAGUUGAUGUUGUCACAACAACAAUUUAGUUCUAAUCAUGUUCAGGCUAGAACUAAUGUAGCUAAUAAUCAGAUGCCUAGUAAUGGUACCUUAUGGCAUCGAAGGUUAAGACAUGCUCCUAUGAAAGUGUUGAAGAGUAUAGAUGAUUUUCAAAAUGUUCAAUUUACUGAUCAUAUAUGUACAGUAUGCCCUAUUGCUAAGCAAUCAAGAUUGCCCUUUCCUACUAGUUCUAUUGUUUCUUCAUGUGUAUUUGAUCUCAUUCAUGCUGAUAAUGGGGUUGUGGAGAGAAUACACAGGUCUAUCUUAGAUAUGGCUAGAGCACUAGGAUUCCAGGCUACUAUACCUCUUAACAGUUUACCUUUCUUCUCCUGUCAUGGUAUUUCUCCUUUUGAGAGGUUGUAUAAAAGAUCACCUUUCUUAAAACAUCUGAGAGUAUUUGGGUGUCUUUGCUAUGCUUUUGUACCUAAGAAGCAUUCUAAGUUUAGUCCUAGAGCUGUACCUACAGUCCAUCUUGGUUAUUAUUCUUCUCAGAAAGGUUAUGUGUUGUAUGAUCUAUGCUCUAAAAUGUUCUUUGUCAGUAGAGAUACUAUAUUUCAAGAGGAGAUCUAUCCUUUUAAGCAUGUAUCUGAUUUACCAUCACACAUAUUUCUGGUCCUUCAACUUAGUGAAUCUGAAGAUUUUAUCCCUUCUGCUUCUUCUUCUGAUACAUAUAAUGCUUCCACUAGUACUGCAAAUGACUAUCAUGUAUCUCCUAAAGUCUCAACUCCUUCUUCUGAUAUUAAUUUUACACCUGAUCUAGAACAUGAGGAACUUGUCCUCUUCUCUGCCCCUAUUGUUCUACUGAUCUAA